UUGAAACAUUGACCACAAAUUCUGCAACACUGACUAUAAACCCUGUAACACCAACCUCUCUCCCAGACACAUCCAUAUUAAGUCCUGUAACAUCAUCUACAACGUUCAUGACAAAGUCUGCAACAUUGAGUACCAACACUGAAAUGGUGACCACAAACCGUAUGUCAACAUCUCUCAAGAACACUGCUACUUUCUCUACAAACAUUGCAACAGUGACUGAAAUCCCGACAACACAGACUAGGAACCCAGCAACACUGACCCAAAGGCCGACAACACCUACCAUAAGCCAAACUGUAUUAGUCUCUGAUGACGUGACAUCCCAAUCAAGUCUUGCAACAUCAACUAUCAAAUUUCCAUCAUCAACUACAAACUCUGAUAUAGUGACUUCAAUCCCUGAAAUAUCAACAACAAACUUCCAAACACAAACAGCAGAAACUAAAAUAUCAACCCAAGACUUAGCAGUAUCAACAACAAGUCCUGUAACCUCAGCCAGAAUGUCUUCAGCAUUGACUUCAAAAACUGCUACCUUGAGCACAGAACCUGCAACGUCAAAUAUAAGCCCUUUAACAUUGACCUCUGACUCUACCACAUCACCAUCGAUUCUUGUAACCUCAACCAAGGAAACAGCAAAGGUCACUACACAACCUGAAACAACUACAAAACAUGGAACAUUGAGGACAAACCCCACAAGAACUUCUCAACCUGCAACAGCAACCACAAGCCUUUUUCCAUUGAUGACAAAGAGUACAACAUUGACGACGGAAUCUGCAUCAUCAAACACAAGACUUGGAACAUCAACCACAAUCACUGGAUUGCUCAGUAUCUACCAACCCACAUCGACCGAUAUCCCUCAGACAUCAACCACAAACCCUACAACACUGACCCUAAGCUCUACCACACUGGCAGAGAGCCCAACUGUAGCAGUCUCUGAUGCUAUGACAUCUGAAUCAAGUUCUGUAAAAUCAACUAAAACAACUGGAAUGUUCACGACAAGCUUUGCAACAGGAACUGCAAAUCCUGAAUCAUCGGCCACAAACCCCAUGACCACAGUGACACUACCUAAAAUAUCAACCACAGCCUCUGUAUCAUCAAUAACAAGCCCUGUAACAUCAACGACAAAGCUUGAAACAUUGACCACAAAUUCUGCAACACUGACUAUAAACCCUGUAACACCAACCUCUCUCCCAGACACAUCCAUAUUAAGUCCUGUAACAUCAUCUACAACGUUCAUGACAAAGUCUGCAACAUUGAGUACCAACACUGAAAUGGUGACCACAAACCGUAUGUCAACAUCUCUCAAGAACACUCCUACUUUCUCUACAAACAUUGCAACAGUGACUGAAAUCCCGACAACACAGACUAGGAACCCAGCAACACUGACCCAAAGGCCGACAACACCUACCAUAAGCCAAACUGUAUUAGUCUCUGAUGACGUGACAUCCCAAUCAAGUCUUGCAACAUCAACUAUCAAAUUUCCAUCAUCAACUACAAACUCUGAUAUAGUGACUUCAAUCCCUGAAAUAUCAACAACAAACUUCCAAACGCAAACAGCAGAAACUAAAAUAUCAACCCGAGACUUAGCAGUAUCAAUAACAAGUCCUGUAACCUCAGCCAGAAUGUCUUCAGCAUUGACUUCAAAAACUGCUACCUUGACCACAGAACCUGCAAUGUCAAAUAUAAGCCCUUUAACAUUGACCUCUGACUCUACCACAUCACCAUCGAUUCUUGUAACCUCAACUAAGGAAACAGCAAAGGUCACUACACAACCUGAAACAACUACAAAACAUGGAACAUUGAGGACAAACCCCACAAGAACUUCUCAACCUGCAACAGCAACCACAAACCUUUUUCCAUUGAUGACAAAGAGUACAACAUUGAUGACGGACUCUGCAUCAUCAAACACAAGACUUGGAACAUCAACCACAAUCACUGGAUUGCUCAGUAUCUACCAACCCACAUCGACCGAUAUCCCUCAGACAUCAACCACAAACCCUACAACACUGACCCUAAGCUCUACCACACUGGCAGAGAGCCCAACUGUAGCAGUCUCUGAUGCUAUGACAUCUGAAUCAAGUUCUGUAAAAUCAACUAAAACAACUGGAAUGUUCACGACAAGCUUUGCAACAGCAACUGCAAAUCCUGAAUCAUCGGCCACAAACCCCAUGACCACAGUGACACUACCUAAAAUAUCAACCACAGCCUCUGUAUCAUCAAUAACAAGCCCUGUAACAUCAACGACAAAGCUUGAAACAUUGACCACAAAUUCUGCAACACUGACUAUAAACCCUGUAACACCAACCUCUCUCCCAGACACAUCCAUAUUAAUUCCUGCAAGAUCAUCUACAACACACAUCCAUAUUAAGUCCUGCAACAUCAUCUACAACGUCCAUGACAAAGUCUGCAACAUUGAGUACCAACACUGA